AUGUCCCUGUACCGAAACUCCGCUUGGUUUCUGAAAGGAAUCACCGAAUUCACAAAGGGAGCUUAUGUCUCUGCUUCAAAGAAUUUUGUGGAGAAGGAUCUGGAACCUUCCAUGGCUGGAAGGUCAUUCAUGAUCACUGGAGCCAACAGCGGCAUUGGUAAAGCUGCAGCCAUGGCUAUCGCCAAGAAAGGUGGUACCGUACACAUGGUGUGCAGGAACAAAGACAAAGCAGAGGAGGCCAGAGCAGAGAUCGUCAAGGAGACGGGGAACAAAGAGAUCUACGUCCAUAUUCUGGACCUGACUGAGACCAGGAAGGUGUGGGAGUUUGCUGAAGCUUUCAAGAAAAAAUACAAAACUCUCAAUGUCCUGAUCAAUAACGCAGGCUGCAUAAUGGUUAAGAGAGAGGUGAAUGCAGAGGGUCUGGAGAAGAGCUUUGCCUGCAACUCACUGGCUGUGUAUAUCCUCACUAAGAGCCUGAUUCCCUUACUGGAGAAGAGCCCAGACCCCAGAGUGAUAACUGUCUCGUCUGGAGGGAUGCUAGUGCAAAAGCUGCGUAUUGGGAAUCUACAGUCAGAGAGAGGAAGAUAUGACGGUGCUAUGGUCUAUGCUCAGAACAAGAGGCAGCUGGUAGUCAUGAUGGAGCAGUUGGCUAAAGCUCAUCCCAACAUCCACUUCUCUGCUAUGCACCCAGGAUGGGUGGACACUCCCACUGUUGCUACGGCGAUGCCAGAUUUCCACCGCUCGAUGAAGGAUCGUUUGCGGACGCCGGAGCAGGGUGCUGACACGGCGGUGUGGCUCGCCGUGUCUGAGGCCGCUGUCACCAAACCCAGCGGCCGCUUCUUUCAGGAUCGGCGAAUGGUUUCUCCUCACCUGCCCCUGGCCUGGACUCACAGCUCUCAGCUGGAGGAUCAGAAGUUUAUGAGCAUCAUGGAGGACCUAGCAAAGACCUUCCAACCACAUUGA